UAAACCAGUCUGUUUAGGUGAGUACUCAGUACAGUGCAAGGUGUAUCAGUACAAAAGCUGUACAUUACUCCUUCACACUACUGAACAACAUGAGGACCCUGCUACUGACAACCGUGCUGCUGGUGCUGCUCUGUAGCACUCAAGUGCUCACACUCAGGUGUUACACCUGUGAAGAGGAUGACGCUGACUGCAAGCAAGUGACAGAAUGUCCACCAUCGAGCAUGUACUGCAGAACUGUGGUGACUGCGGACACGGUGACUCGUACCUGCGAGGAGAUGUGUGUCUCGGGUGUCAACGCCUACUGUUGCCAGGGUGACCUGUGUGAGAACUGACAUGAUCCACGGAGAACCAUCACCACUGACUACACACGGUCACCUUCUGUUUAGAUACAGUUGAAUGUUGUGUGGGAAAUACUUUAGAAUAUGGGAUACAUUAUAACCUUUCAAUGAAUUACAUUAACAUUUUAGUAAUUUAGCAGACACUCUUAUCCAGAGCGACUUAGUUAGUGCAUUCAUCUCAAGAUAGCUAGGUAAGACAACACAUAUCACAGUCACAUUUUUCCUCAAUAAAGAAGUUAUUAGCAAAGUCA